AAAAAUCCAGGAAAAUGCAUUUCAUCAUACGGUCGUGGUGAUGUAAAAUGCACUCUUAUUAAGCCAUAAGUCAAAAGCGGGGUCAACAGUUCCUCGUCUCUUAUUGAUAACACUGACCACAGCCCGCUUUCCGAUUCACAGUGCCUGGCCAAAUAUUGUUCAUUGCUUCUUCUCAUCAAGCUCUAUUCAUGGAGGGAACUGCGUUUAGUUGAGCCCUAAUGAUCACAAUCUUUAAAAAAAAAACCAGUUUUUUGAUAGAAAAGAAGCAGUUGUUUGAUUGGAGAAAGUAGCUUUAAACCCACGUUUCAAGUUCUUGGGAGGGAGAACAUUUUCGAUGACCUUCAGCAAACUGCUUGUUCUCUUCAAGCAUAGUUUCAAUUCAACUAAAAAGUACGAACUAGGCUAUCUCAGAUACAAGUAAAACAUUGUCCUUUGAGCGGUGAGGGCCUAAUUUCAAGUCUGUUCUCCAAGUAAAACCAUGUUUGGACUGCUCCUUCUAUUCUGCGCUAUUUUAUUUCUCUACAAGUUCUGGUAUUUGAAGACCAAAAUCCCAUCUAAUUUCCCACCGGGUCCUUACGGUUGGCCUUUGAUAGGCUACUAUCCCGUGGUCAAGGAUUCCAAUCUGAGCAAUGGUCUCAUGGAACUCCAACGAACCUAUGGACCGGUAUUCAGUGUCAAUUUGGGACCUUCAGAACGCUACGUCAUCAUCGGAGACCAUGACAUCCUGGAGGAGGCCUUCAAGGGUUACAGUCUCACGCCCAGACCGAGUUUGAUCCAAUGGUUCAAUGAAUACAUCCGAUAUGGCGAUGGACACGAGCAUUCAAGAGGUUUGAUCUUCUCCAAGGGAGAGGAAUGGCAAGAGCAGCGCAGAUUUACCUUGAGAAAUCUCCGGGACUUUGGCUUUGGAAAGUCUGGUAUGGAGUCUCUUAUCAAGAUGGAGGUUGAGGAAUUGCUAGAGGUCAUGGAAACCGAGGUGGGAACGGAUGUGCCUUUCAACGUCAAUUUCUAUGCCUCAGUCAUCAAUGCACUUUGGACCAUAUUAAACGGAGACCGAGUUGGUUUGAACGAUCCCACCUUGCAAGAAGUGAUUCGUUACGUGAAUGAUAUGGUAUCUCAAGACAUGAAUAGUCUGAUCAAUGUUUUCCCGGCAGCCCGUCAUAUUUCCAAAGAAUGGAGUGGCUUCAACGAGUCGUUGAAACCGGCCUAUAAAUUUCUUGCAUACAUCAAGAACACCAUUAGCGAACAUAAAAAGACUCAUGAUCCAAACUCUGAGGCACGGGAUUUCAUUGAUGUCGUGUUGAAUAAGAUCCACGAAAGUCAGGAUAAUCCGAAAAGUAGCUUCCACGGCGAGCUUGGUCUUCAAAAUCUCGAGGCCGGGGUGCUGGAUCUUUUCAUCGCCGGGAUUGAGACCACUUCCACGGCCUUGGUGUGGAGCUUUUUGAUCUUAGUGACCUAUCCGGAGAUUCAAGAGCGGUUGUAUCGAGAGAUCCAGGAAACCGUGGGUUCUGAUCGACUCCCAACAAUGGAUGAUAAACCAAAAAUGCCUUUUACUGAGGCUGUUAUGCAAGAAAUCUUAAGGUUUUCAUGCAUUGCUCCUUUAGGCAUCUUUCGUGAGGCAGAUCGUGAUAUGAAAGUGGGCGAUUAUUAUCUGCCCAAAGGAACAGUUGUAUUUUCUCAUUUGUAUGCCAUUGUCAAUGAUCCGAAAGUGUUUCCUAAUCCCGAGAAGUUCGAUCCAACCCGGUUUUUAGAUGAGAAAGGCCAAUUCAAGCGAAAUGACAAGAACAUCGUUUUCAGCACAGGAAAACGAGACUGCUUGGGAAAGACGUUGGCCAUUGCUGAAUUAUUCCUAUUUUUGACUGGAUUGAUCCAAACGUAUCAAUUCCUGCCGUCAUCCGAAGGGAGUCUUCCGUCUUUGGAAUGCGUUUAUGGAUUCACGCGUCAUCCACAGAAAUUUUCCCUUCAAUUUAAGAAGCGUACCAAGUCUUCAGCUUAUUAAAUUGGUUACCAAAACCGAGUUCGUUGGAUUCUAGCAUUGCCAUGUCUCAAGAGUUUGAGCAAGUAAGCUCUAUCCAUACUUCCUCAAACGGACUUUCAGAGUCCGAUUUUGGUACUUUAGUCACGUGAUUGCAAAAACGUGGCUUUACGUUUGAUGGAUGGUUUUGAUGCACGCCUCAACAGUUUUCAUGAAGCCCCACCUUUAUUACUUUCAAUAUAACACGACGAAGCCAAACCAGCCACAGGCUAAAAGGAACCGAGGGGUCAAUAACUUGUUCCUUGAUUAUAGACAAUUAUUUUGUUUAAAGCUGAAUAUGGCAUGUUCAGUUUCAUGCAUGUGUAUAUGCACAAGAACCAUACAAUUAAGCCCUGUGGACUUAUGAAAAGGGUUUUGCUCACCUGGUUCCUAAUGGUGCGUCUACACGACAAAUAAUUCGGCAAAUAAUUAGCCAUUUCACAAACAUUGUUUGCCAUUUCACAAGUAUUUCACAAACAUUUCUCGAUUUGAACAUGUUUAAAGUUUGUUUGCCCAAGAGCAAAUAUUUCAUGGACGACACCAUCCUCCCCAGCCCUUCCAACCAAGGUGUCCAUUUUCAGUAAUUAUGGAACUUGACUCAUUCGAUCCAUGAUGGUUUAUAAUAAAGAAAAAUGUAUUGAUUGUGGUUCAUUUUGACGCAAGAUAACCCCAACUUGGAGUAUGAAGGGGCCUGGAAUUGUCAAUCAAUGUUCAAAGUCAUCAGAUCUCAUCCCGUCCCCUCUUCAUUCAAUAGCCACACUUCCAUCUCCUAUCGACGAUUGAACGAUGAUCGAACAAUCGAUCGAUCGAUCGAUCAAGCAACCAACAUAUCACCUAUUCUCCGGAAUCCGGAUUCAUCUCCUCCCGUCCAGACAUGUAAGUGUCGACCCAAGAAAACCCACCUACCCCGGGCCUGUCCUCGGGCUCAGCCCGGUCACGGACCCGGACCCGGCCAUGGUCCCGGUCCCUUCAUUUACAUCCGUCUUCUGUGAGCAAGACUUGAGCGAGCCACCCCAAAGCUAGAUACAUGGAUUCCUUGACCUCGUCCAAAGAAGACUGAUCCGAUUCAAGUUGGAUCAGAUCAUCAGAGACAACGGAAUCAUCGGCCAUCGGCCCAUACCUGGAGGUUCUUGGCCGGUUAUUAGUCAGCCCUCGGCCGACACACAAGCCCAUGAUUGGUCCUCUACGUACACCCUUGAGACCCCAGCAGCCAGACCAGCCAGCUACUUUUGGCUGCUCUUUCGUCCAUUUCCCGCCCGCCAAUUUUAGCAAUUUUGGCCAUGAAAGCCAGAUCAGUCGGAUCUCAACGGAUCGAGUCCUACCCACUGACUCAUUACUUUAAAGCUGCCCAUGGCCAUCACCGUCCCUGUGAAAUUCCGUCUGUUCUUGUGUGUGGGUCCUUAUUUGUUCU